GUGUGACAGCACACGGAGCUGUAGACGCGCAACGAGUUCAGUAUCGAGACGAAAUACUUCACAGAGCGUGAACGAAACAGGAUUUCAAUGGGUGAUUCUGAACAUCCCGAGAAACCGGGGGACCCUGUUCCUGAUGCUGUUUGGCCAGAGGAUGGAGAUCAGUGGAGCGAUAACGGGGAGGAGGAUUGUGGACUUCUGCAGGAAAUGGCUGAAGAAGAUGAGGAAAUCGACUUCUACAACGAGGAGACAUUUGGCUUAGAUGCAGGCGUGAGUGCUGAUGGACCAGAGGCUGACCCAACGGAUCUCCUGUUUCUGUGUGAUGACCGCUUGCCAACGCCACAGUCUUCACCUCCACCACCACCCAGCUCACCUUCACCUCGCAGUUUCCCUUCACCCUCCAGACCUGAACCUCACGUUCAGCCCUACACUUCAGUGGGACGGUCUCAGAGAGGGAGAGCCGGGCGAGGAGAGCUGUUUGACGAUCCAGCUGUGGUGAAGACUGUGAAGGGUCGACCCAGCCUCAAGAGUAUUGAUAGUGCUAUUGUAGAUUGCAGCCUCAGCUCCUACUGGGAGGAUCUCAAUUCAAAAACAUGGAUGAUAGCAUCUUUAAAUUCCAGUAGAUCAUCUUCACCAUCUAUACUUCAGGACCAGGCAAUCGUUGGAGUGAUUGACAGAUCGGCACAUUGCAGGGUCCCACCUGUCUCUCCAAAUUUCAUGUCCCCUUUGCGGCCUUAUUCCACGAGUCGGGGAAGGAGAGGUCAACCUUUCACGGGCUCCUUCAACCAAAGAUGUCAUUACCAGGCACAAAUGAGUCCCAUGAUGCCUAGCUCUCCAUUCCGACCCCAAAGACUCUUUACACCCCAGCAGCGUUACAACCAGCCAGGAGGAUUCCUGUCACUGUCCCGUCCUCGUCUCUCUAGCCCCAUGCCCCUCACUCCCAAACACAUGCACCUGCGAUUCGGAACUGACUCCCCCAGACCUGCUCCAUUUUACAGCCCAUCCUCCAAUAUUAUGCAGGGCUUCAGACCUCCAGGUCCUGUCGUUCAGUUCCACCCACAGCACAAACGGAUUUUGAGUCAACGACAGCCAAGACCGCACAGGAAGCCAGUUAGCUGGGACCCUUAUUCACAGAUCAUGUCUGAUAAAGAGAAGGAGUGGAUAAUCCGACUGCAGAUGAUCCAACUGCAGAGUGAGAAUCCACAUCUAGAUGACUAUUAUUACCAGGAAUACUAUCAGAGAAUGGAAGCUAAACAAGCUGAGGAGGAGAUGGGUGACCGGUUAAAGAAGGAACCACCUAAACUCACCACACCUUAUGUGACCAAAACUGACUCUUACAUCCCAGUUGUCCACAUUGAAGGUUCGCUUGGACAAGUCGCAGUAUCCACUUGCUUCUCUCCCAGACGAGCGAUUAAUGCUGUUCAUGCACACACACAUGAUGAGCACAAAGACAGUCAACAGCAAAGGUUGGAGGUAUUGAGCACCAUUGAGAAGUUGUACAUAGUGUUGUUAGAAGUGGAAGAGUCAGAGAAGGUGAAGGUGACAGUGUCUAAUAAAGAGGAGGAGAGGAGACUAAUGCAGAACAUACAGAGGCGGGUGGAGCACAUCUACAGUCGACUGCGCUGCCCUACUCUCCUGGAUUCAGGUGAAGAGUUUCUAUCCUGUCUUCUCAUCUCUAAAGGAAAGAGAAUGCUGGCCAGACUCCUCCCCUUCCUGUCACAUGAUGCAGCUCUGAAUAUUCUGGGCGUGGUCACCAAACACCUGCCAGUGUUAAUGAGCAGAGAUGCAGAUGAGGCUCUGCCUGUUCUGUAUCCAUCUCUCCGCACUGUGAUUGGUGGACUGACAUUCAGUCAGCUGAUCAGAAUUCUGAAAGAGUUUACCGAAUCACUGCCCGACUCAAAAGACACACGGUUAACACUGGCCUGCCAGAACAAGUUUGGUCUGUCCCUGCUGUACGCUCUACUCUCACAGGGAGAAAGGCUUCUAUCUUCUGACCUGCCCAUGGAGCCCAGCAUUGGAGACUUUGAGACCUGGACGGAUACAGUAUUCCAUGUGGCCCGGCAGCUAUCACAGACAACACUUGUCGAGCCCCUUCAACUGCCAUCCAACCUGCUAACACUCUUCUGUCGAUAUCUUGACAAGCGGACCGUAUACCAACUGAAGAGCAAUUUGGAAUCAGCUACAGGUUGUCUGGCUGUAGCAUCAUAAAUGUGACCUCAUGACCUCUGUUA